AUGCAUAUUGCAUGGGUGGCCCCUGUAUCACACGGAGGAGAUAGCGACUUGGGCCUUGUCCAUGUCCUUCUCCGAGAACCCGAUGGCGUACAGCACGGCCUGAGAAGUACCCUGCGAGGUGGGCUUUGUGACAUACAUCGAAUUACUUCAUCUGGGGAUAUCAAUGGAGCCCUGGUUACGGAGUGCGCGCCUUUCCCUAUACCGCUGGACUAUACCAAUGAAGCCUCCAAUGCCACGUUGGGCCUCGGGCUUAGGCGAAACCGUGCCGCAAACAGCUGCUCGAGAGGGAGCGUGUUUUUGAAUUUCGGCGGUCCGGGUGAUAACGGAAAGGAGGGCCUGGCUGCUUCUACCGGCAGCUACUACGAUCUCAUUGUUGUCACUCGUUGGUCCGCAGCGGCUACAUACCCAUCUCUCUCUGGCAAUGCAUCUGAUGUGGCCUUGGGAACAAACAAUGUGACAUCGCGUGUCUUCGCGAAUAUCUGCUAUGCAACACAGAACAGAACUGGUCAAUUCAUGAUUUCCGCUUUCACCGCGAGGGACCAUAUGCUUAUCCUCGACGCCCCGGGUGAAGAUGGGCUUUUACGAUACUGGGUAGCUGACCGCAGACUGGUUGACAAAAUCGUUCUCGACGUAGUGGCGAACCCUCACGAGUUCUAUCAGAAGCGUGAUUUACAGAUGCUUGCAGACAUGGACAAGGUUUUUACAGGGUUCUGCUCCGAAUGUGUUGCCACCCCCGAUCGUUGCCCGCUGGCUCGAAACCGCACUGCAUCCAAACUAGAGGCUCUCUAUCAAUUCGUUGAGAACGUGAAAUAUUAUCCGAUAUCCCCCCUGAAGACCCAUAUGUUCAGCAUGGGGAAGUUGGAAGCAGCAGGUAAAUAUCUCGGCCACCUCCUCUCUGCUCAUCCCAGUUUGGAUGCGGAAGCCUAUGACAACUCGAAGAGGAGCGAUACACUCACUGGUGAUUUCGAGGCAACGACGAAAAGUCCAGUCCGAUUGAUCGGCAAUACGGCUGAUCCAGUCAACCCUCUUGUGGCCGCAUGCAAUGUCAGCGCAGGGCUUGCCAAUAGCGUUCACGGACGUUUUGGGCAGGCAUCUCCCUGCACGGUGAAGGCGAUGCGGGCCUAUUUCCUGGACGGGACUUUACCCGAGCCUGAGGCGAAGUUUGAGACUGAUACAACCACUUUCUCCGGUGACGACGGGUGA